AACUCGGGAAUCCAAGACUUUUGUGUUAUUUUUAGAAAUACUGUGAAUAUUAUAAAUUAUUACUUUUAUUUGCGUGCACGAUUUAAGUUGAUUAUCUUGAAACGUGUUGGUAUGAUACAUAAAAUACACGGAAAAAAUUUAUUUAUUGAAUUAAUUACCACAAAUUUCGCGUGGAAAGUGUUAAGUAACGGGUAACGUGCGACGUACGAAAAGGGAAUUCAUGUCGACCGAUGAUCCCGUGAAAGAAUGUAAACCAUAGGCCGUUGGGUAACCACAAUAUUAUCUUAAGGAGUAGAGAGUAUGGAUGUGAGCCGACCUGCACAAACACAAACAUCAAUGGCCAGUACUAAACAUGAAGAUGUCCAUAAAGCAAUUGUUGAUGGUCCUAAUCUGAAAUCUUCUGUCACUGAAGAAAAUGGUAAUCAAGGCAACAAUAGUAGCCAUGUCAGCAAUGUUAGUGAUGAGAGCAGUGAGACUGAUGAUGACUAUGAUAUUUUAAAAUAUAAAUGUGAUCAAUGCAACUUAGAAUUUUUAUACAAAAGUUGGUUUCUAAGACAUAAGGCAAUACACAACCCAGCAACUUUUACUUGCAACUAUUGUCCAAAGAAAUUUAAGCGUAAAGAUGGUUUAAAAGAGCACACCUUUUAUCACAUUGGUCGAGCAAAGUUUAAAUGCGAUAUCUGUUCAAACCUAUUCUCUGAUAGAAGAAACUUGAAUAGUCAUAUCAAAAGCAAACAUAUUGGUAAUUUGCUGUCAUGUCCUAAUUGUUCAAAACAGUAUAAUGGUAAAAGACAGUUACGGUACCAUAUUCAAAGGAUGCAUGAAAAGAUAAACAAAUAUUUUUGUGAAUGCAAUGCAGGGUUUACGGUUCCCUCUUUGCUUUUCAAACAUCGAAUUAAAAUGAAUCACAAAAAACCAGAGAUAACAAAGGAACCCAAAGAGAAUGGUAAUCAAGACAACAAUAGUAGCCAUGUCAGCAAUGUUAGUGAUGAGAGCAGUGAGACUGAUGAUGACUAUGAUAUUUUAAAAUAUAAAUGUGAUCAAUGCAACUUAGAAUUUUUAUACAAAAGUUGGUUUCUAAGACAUAAGGCAAUACACAACCCAGCAACUUUUACUUGCAACUAUUGUCCAAAGAAAUUUAAGCGUAAAGAUGGUUUAAAAGAGCACACCUUUUAUCACAUUGGUCGAGCAAAGUUUAAAUGCGAUAUCUGUUCAAACCUAUUCUCUGAUAGAAGAAACUUGAAUAGUCAUAUCAAAAGCAAACAUAUUGGUAAUUUGCUGUCAUGUCCUAAUUGUUCAAAACAGUAUAAUGGUAAAAGACAGUUACGGUACCAUAUUCAAAGGAUGCAUGAAAAGAUAAACAAAUAUUUUUGUGAAUGCAAUGCAGGGUUUACGGUUCCCUCUUUGCUUUUCAAACAUCGAAUUAAAAUGGAUCACAAAAAACCAUAAUAAAAUCAUGUUUUUUACUAGUGUAUAAUUAAUUAAACUAACCUUACAAUUACUAUUAUACUAUAAGUAACUUAUAUAUUGUAAUUAUUAUUUAUUAUUAUUAUGUUAAAUAGAUAAUUCAUCUAAUUUAUAUUAAACAAAACUAUUGGCUGUUAUUAAAUUAGACGUAACUCAAUGCCGUAGGUCGGUUAUAAACAGCUUAAUACAGGUAAUAUAAUUUUGUCAUUGUCCCUUUGAAGAUGAGUAAAUUACAUUAUUAAAUAUAAGUAUUUUAAUAAAAAAUGCAAUAAUAAAUUUAUGUUCACAGCAAUAUUAUAAUAAGAUGUAUUAUUUUGCAUGGUUAUUAUUAUUGCUAAUCUAUGUAGGUACGAAUACGAUAGAUAUAAUUUAUUAGGUAUGUACGUCAAUUUAUAGUUAUUGGAUUUAUUAUAAUACCGCGUACUUCCGUUAGUACAUUUUUGUUUUUUCUGAUUAUUUAAC